UAUGUUGUUAUGGCAACAGGUGUUUGAGUUUAAACGUUGAGUGUGCUAACGCUAGCUUCUCGGGACGACAGGAACAUUGUCCGUCUCUCCGUGUGAUUUAAGCACCGAUGCCACCCAAAAAGAAAGACUCAAGUAAGAAGCCUCCUGCAAAGGCAAAGACGCCCGUUCUGAUAGAUGGCCUCACAAAGGAGGAGAUGUCCAAGGAGCAGAUGGAAGAGCACAUUGUGCGCCUGCGAGAGGAGCUGGACCGAGAGAGGGAGGAGAGAAACUACUUUCAGCUGGAGAGGGACAAGGUCAACACUUUUUUUGAGAUCACAGAACGAAAACUGGAGGAGGCCGAGGCUGAACUAAAAAACAUUGACAAGGACAUAGAAGAGGAUGAGGGGCGCCAUCAAGUAGAGGUCAAGGUGUAUAAGCAAAAGAUGAAGCACCUCCUGUGUGAACACCAAAACACAGUCUCUGAGCUGAGAGCAGAUGGUUUAGUCUCCACUCAGAUGGUGCAGAACAAACAAGAACAGUUAGAGACCGAGCUUCAAAAGGACAUGAGGGACAUCAUGGUCAACACGCAAAAGCUUGACAUCAAAGACCACAUCAAGGAGCUCAAACUGAAGCAUAAUGAAGAAAUGACUAAAACCAGGAUCAGCUUGGAGAAGCAACUUGCAGAAAAUGAAGCCAUGUGUCAGAAAAGGAUGGAGUUGCUGCAACAAGAGCUAGACAACCAGAGGAAAAUUGUGAUCAGCGACAGAGAGCUUUGUCAGAACAGCCAUGACAACAAAUGUAUAGAAGACUUCAACAAAACUAUCAGUGAUUUUAAGGAACAUUCUCAACAUGGCGUUCAACAGCAUUUGGAUAAGAACAAAUCUCUCCAGAAAGAAUUUGAAGAGAUGAAGUUGAAAACGGAGGAGAAGAAAAGCAACCUGGCACGUGUUCAGGAGGAAAACGAAUGUCUUGCUGAGCGUCUCAUGAAAGUCGCAAAGGAAAGCACAGAUAUUGAGAAAAAAUUACAAAAAUGCUACAGAUCUAAAAAGUACAACAAAGAAAAUACUAAACAAAAGGAGCAGGAUGAAUUGAAAUUGGAUCAUGAGAACCUGGAGCAGAAAUUCAGAAAGGUUCAGCAGGAAAGGGAUGAGCUGUACGAGACGUUCACUGAGAAUAUUCAGAAGGUUCAGCAGAAAGCAGGUCUGAAGAGCAUGCAGCUGGAAGAUAGACUGAAAAGCCUGACAGACCGCCUGGAGAAGACACAGGCUCAAAUCUCCUCAGUGCUUUCUGCCUCUAACAUGGACCACACUGCCCUCGAUGGGGUCACUCACAAAACCGAGGUAAAACUAGACUCCAGUAAUAAUACCAUCAAGACCCUGCAGAAUAAAAAAGCUCAGAUCUCUCAGGCCCGAAUGGAUUUGCUGCUGUUUUUCGAAGCAAAGCAAAGGGCUCUUGGUGUCCCUGUGGAGGAACUCUGUGUAAAGAAAACCCUUUGAGAAAGGCCUUGCUGGGAAAAGACUGUAAAAGGACUUUAGGGUUUCCUUGUUGUAAAGGGAAGUAAUGUGUGAUGUUCUCCUUUUUUUGAAGAAGGAUUUUUAAAUAAAUUAUUAUUAAAAAGUGCAAGUGAAAUAAAAUGUUCAGGUUCUAAUUCCAGUAAACUAUGGCAAAGACUGACUUAUUAUUUAAGGUAUUUAUGAUUU